AUGGAAACAUUCAAAGAGGACACAGAAUAUAUUCUGGACAAAUUCGAUUUGACACCUUACAAAAAAGUGCUGAGUAAUACUUCCGAGAUCGCUGUAGAUGACGCAAUCUAUGACUCUGGCUCAAGCUAUGACUCUGGCUCAAGCUAUGACUCUGACACAGGCUAUGACUCUGGCUCAGGCUAUGACUCUGACUCAGGCUAUGACUCUGACUCAGGCUAUGACUCUGACACAGGCUAUGACUCUGACACAGGCUCUGACUCUGACUCAGGCUAUAACUCUGACACAGGCUACGACUCUGACUCAGGCUAUGACUCUGACUCAGGCUAUGACUCUGACACAGGCUAUGACUCUGGUUCAGGCUAUGACUCUGACACAGGCUAUGACUCUGGUUCAGGCUAUGACUCUGACUCAGGCUAUGACUCUGACUCAGGCUAUGACUCUGACACAGGCUCUGACUCUGGUUCAGGCUAUGACUCUGACUCAGGCUAUGACUCUGACACAGGAUAUGACUCUGACUCAGGCUAUAACUCUGACUCAGGCUAUGACUCUGAAUCAGGCUAUGACUCUGACACAGGCUAUGACUCUGGUUCAGGCUAUGACUCUGACACAGGCUACGACUCUGACACAGGCUAUGACUCUCACUCAGGCUAUGACUCUGACACAGGCUCUGACUCAGGCUAUGACUCUGACACAGGCUAUGACUCUGACUCAGGCUAUGACUCUGACUCUGACACGGGCUAUGACUCUGACACAGGCUAUGACUCUGACACAGGCUAUGACUCUGACUCAGGCUAUGACUCUGGCUCAGGUUAUGACUCUGACACAGGCUAUAACUCUCACUCAGGCUAUGACUCUGACUCAGGCUAUAACUCUCACUCAGGCUAUGACUCUGACUCUGACACAGGCUAUGACUCAGGCUCAGGCUAUGACUGA